CGUAUCCGCAACAAAACCUCCCGUCUGUCUUUGUUCGGCCGGCCGGGACAUCCCAUAUUUAUAGAAAGUUCAAAUCCCUCGCUUUGCAGAAACUGAACUGAUCGGCAAGCUCUUUCCUUGUGCAUUCGAAACAAGCGAACCUUUAGAUCACCAAGCAAUCCUUCAGUGAACCACCAUGAUCGCUAAGCAGCUCCUCGCCGUUCUCCUCUCCAUUGGCGUCUCCGCCAGUCCCUUGGCCUUGCGAGACGCCUCCACCGUUCUCGCCGAUUUGAGCAGCAUCUCAGACCAUCUGUCAACGCUCAGCACGACAGUCGCGAACUUCGACGGCACUUUAACCGGUGCCGUGAGCGUCCAGCAGGAUGAAAUGACUCUGUCGGAUGCGCUCAACAAGACCGUCAUUGAUCUGACUGCCUCCCCUGUGUUCGGGGCCGCCGAGAGCACGAGCGUGACCAAGGCAGUGACAGGCCUCGAGACGAGCAUCGUCACGGUCCUCGACAAGAUCAUCGGCAAGAAAUCCUCGUUCGCAUCUGCGGGCGUGACCAGCGUCGUCUUGUCGGAUCUUCAAGCCCUCCAGGGUUUGACUGAUGAUCUCUCGACGCAGCUGCAGCGGAAGGUCACGGCAGGAGAUGCGUCCACCAUUGCCUCGGAAGCUGCUCAGCUGGAUGCGGUUUAUGCAGUUGCCAUCUCUGCAUUUUCCUGAACUAAUUGGCCAGAUCGGUCUGGGUUCAUUCGGAGAGGAACGAGAAUCAGUUCAGGGGGUGAAAUGGGGCUGAGUUAGACUUCGCGUAGAUAGAAACAACAAUUUCAAGC